AUGCUGAAUCAACGGCACUAUGCUCUCAAGAUCCUUCAAGACGCCGGACUACACGACUGCAGCAGCACUCCCACUCCAAUCACGCCGUCCAGCUCUCAGUCCGAUCCAACUGACAAGCCAUUUGCCGAUCCACAUCUCUACCGCAAUAUAGUCGGAUCCUUACAAUACCUCUCAAUUACUCGCCCUGACAUCUCUUUCGCGUCCAACCGCAUCUGUCAACAUAUGCACGCUCCCACCGACCGUCACUUCCAAAUGCUCAAGAGAUUUCUUCGAUACAUCAAAGGAUCCCUCGAUAUCGGUCUACCAAUUUCACCAGGCAACUUGACGCUCCCCACCUAUGUUGAUGCCGACUGGGCAUCCGACUGCUCCGACAGGAAAUCCGUCUCAGGAUUUUGCACCUACCUUGGAAACACCCUCAUCUCGUGGUCGGUCAAAAAGCAAGCAACUAUUGCAAAGUCAUCAACGGAGGCAGAAUACCGAUCGCUUUCAGCCGCCGCAUCUGAUGUUAUAUGGCUCUGA